GUUCAACCGAGGGUCAAGCAUCGACACAGCCGAUUCCCCAAAGUGAUGCAAGUUCAGAUGUGUACACAGAGUCCAGCUUCGUGGUGAUUGACAUUCCCGAGGGUCUUCAGGUAGCCUUUCACCUGCCGAGCGGUGAGGUGCAGGAGAGGACAUACACAAGCCUGCCGAGUUACAGCGUGUUGUGGAAGCAAGUUCAUGAGUGGAUGGACAACGUUGCAUUCAAUAUCAAAUUGGACGACGUGGUCCUCACGAACAAGAACACCAUCUCCCAACUGAAAGAUGUGGUGAAUGAUCAGCAACAGACGGUUUGCCAGCCCUCGGUAAAAUUAACAGUUGCCUCCUCGCUGCUCGCUGCACAGGGUGCUGGGGAUUCCAAGGCUGACGGUCAGGAGGUUGACACGCGCACGGGUAACAUUGCACCGCGAGAGACCCAGCGGCCAGCGACCGGAAUGCCCUUGCUGUCCGACCUGCAAUUGGGCGUGCUGGGCGCGUUGGGCGGAGCUGGAUUGCUCAGCAUGUUAGCAGCCGUUUGGGGAUACAGCAAGGUCCGGGGUUUGAAGGCAGACUUGGUUAACAAGGAGCAAAGAUUGGCCGAGUCUACACAGAACAACAAGGCACUGCAAGCACAUCUGGAUAGCAAGGAGCAGAGACUCGCAGAGUCCACUCAGAACAACAGAGUGCUGAUCCACAAGAACUCUCAGCUUCAAGAUGACAAGGAGGAGAAAGAAGCGAUGAUCAAAGAACUUCUGAAGCGAAAGAAGAUCGACUCUUUGGGGCAGGUUGUGAAGCAGUACCAGGAUGUUGACCUGCUUUUCAUGGUGGAUUGUACAGGUUCUAUGCAGCCAUACAUCAACCAAGUGAAGGACACCAUUCGCUCCAUGUCUCAGCGCCUGAGGUGCGCCUAUCCACAGCUUAAAUUGCGGCUCGGGUUCCUUGGAUACCGUGACCUGUGGGACAGGCAUCAAUUUGAAAUUCUGCCCUUCACGGAGGACGUGCAAAGGUUCGAGGGGUUUGUUUCGAAGGUCCUGGCUUCAGGUGGAGACGACACAGCAGAGGACGUGGCUGGCGCACUUCAAAAGGCAGCUGGCCUCUCCUGGGUCAAGCAUGUGCGGGUAUUGUUUCACAUUGCUGAUGCCCCGUGCCACGGUUGCGAGUAUCAUGGUGACAACAUCAAGGACAACCGCCCAAACGGGGUUGGCAUCUCUAUACCCGAGCAGCUGCUGAGACUUCGUUCCAUGAAGAUCGACUAUUACUUUGGCCGUAUCACGGAGCAUACUGACAAGAUGAUUAAGGUCUUUAAUGAUCAGAGCAAGCAUGCUUCCGAGACGGAGCCGUAUAUCAACAUGGUGCCUGUGAACAAUCCGCUGGAUGUACAGGAGGCUGUGGUACAGUCAGUUUGCACAUCCAUUGACCUCACCUCCGCAGCCUCCGCGCCCAAGAUGGCCAGCAAAGAGCUUGAGUUUGUCCUUUCCCAUGACGAGCCUGAGUGGCAUCUUCUCGAAUCUGGAAAGCGCUGCCUUGCCCGCAAACUGGCCUGGGAAAAGCACCACAGCAUGGACAACUGUGCCGCCUCCAUCCACGAGGCUCGGGCGCAUGCCUCCAUGGUUGAGUUUGUGGUCCACUCACACCCUUUUGCCCGGGGUGUCAGCCGCCAGUGCUUCUGGGGCCUCUACCGCAGCCACAAAGGUAAGAAGCCUUGGAAAAGAGCAGUGUUCAAGCAAUUCCACAAGGCCGCUGGCCCGGGCAAUCACCACGACUACGAAGCUGAGGUGGAGAAAGCACUGGUUGCUGAUUUCUUUGCUCGCAAAUACAACAAGGCCUUCAAUCCGACCCGUGCCAUCAGAUUUCUGGUCCCUGAAAUCAUCGAGGACAAGGGGUCAGGCGGAGCUUACGCUGUUGAGCCUGUGCUGCCAGUCAAGAAGUUCGUGAAGUACAACGACAACAAGGCAUUCUGGGAUCCAAAGGUCUAUGACACAGUGCUGGGACAUUUCUGCAAGUGGACGCACGACUUUUCCAAAGGACAGUUCAUGGUGGUUGACCUGCAGGGGGUCUGCAUGGAUCGCGAAUUUGUUCUGACAGAUCCUGCUGUACUUCAUUCGGACCUGCGAAGGUUCGGGAGCACCAACACGGGACCUGAGUUUAUGGCACAGACGUUGAGAAACAUUCCUCAGCUUUCCCGGCUUUGA